AUGUUUCAGUUGGCACGGUUUUCCACGGCCCGUGUGGGGUCGAAACUGGCCGGCAGCAGCAGUUCCAGAGCGUUCUCGCGUUCCGCUAGAAUGUUGCAACAACAACAGCAGCACCAAACCUCCAGAAAACCUUCGUUGAUCAAGACAAUCGGCAAGUACGCUUUGUACUCCGGAUUGGCCUCUGUUUUGGCUGGAACCGGCUACGUCUCGUACAAGCUGUACAAGGAGAAAAACCCAUCGCCUCAAAAGCCGCAGAGCGCGACUUUUGAGAACGGGUCGCCCAGAAAGACUUUGGUCAUCUUGGGUUCCGGCUGGGGUUCCAUUUCGCUACUGAAAAACCUUGACACCACUUUAUACAACGUGGUGGUCGUCUCCCCAAGAAACUACUUCCUUUUCACCCCCUUGUUGCCCUCCACUCCUGUCGGAACUAUCGAAUUGAAGUCCAUUGUUGAACCUGUCAGAAGCAUCGCUAGAAGAGCUCCGGGCGAGGUCACUUACUACGAGGCCGAGGCGCUAGACGUUGAUCCUACUCAGAAAACCGUUAGAAUCAAGUCCCUAAGCUCCGCUGAAGAGCAUGCGGAAAUCAACUUGAACUACGACUAUUUGGUUGUUGGUGUCGGUGCCCAGCCUACCACCUUUGGUAUCCCCGGUGUUUUUGAAAAUGCUUCUUUCCUAAAGGAAAUCCCAGACGCCCAAGAAAUUAGAGUGAAGGUCAUGAACAAUAUCGAAAAAGCCGCUACUUUGUCCCCCACAGACCCAGAAAGAAAGAGAUUGCUAAACUUUGUUGUCGUUGGCGGUGGUCCAACCGGUGUUGAAUUUGCUGCCGAACUACAGGACUACAUCGACCAGGAUUUGUCGAAAUGGAUGCCAGCUCUGUCUAAAGAACUGAAAGUUACGCUUGUGGAAGCCCUGCCAAACAUUUUGAACAUGUUUGACAAGUCUUUGAUCCAGUACGCCGAAGACUUGUUCAAACAGGAAAAAAUUGAUUUGAAAACCAACACUAUGGUCAAGAACGUGACACCAACGGUUAUCACUGCUAAGUGUGGAGACGCCACUGAAGAUAUUCCUUACGGUGUUCUUGUGUGGGCCACUGGUAAUGCUCCAAGAGAAGUUUCUAAGAGUUUGAUGACAAAAAUGGAAGCUCAAGACUCCAGACGUGGAUUGUUGAUCAACGACAAAUUGCAACUCUUGGGUGCGGAGGACUCCAUUUGGGCCAUCGGUGACUGUACUUUCUACCCUGGUUUGUUUCCAACUGCCCAGGUUGCCCACCAGGAAGGUGACUACUUGGCUUCUGUCUUGAAGAAACAGUACAAGAUUGACCAGUACAAAUGGCAAUCGUCUCAGAACUCUGCCGAAAGCAGUAAGUACCAGGCCAAGAUUGAAAGAUUGCAGUCGAACAUUAAGGCUUUCAAAUACAGCCACCAAGGUGCGCUAGCCUACAUCGGUUCCGAGCAGGCCAUCGCCGAUCUUGCCGUUGGUGAAUCCAUGUACCAGUCUGCCGGUUCUUUCACCUUCUUGUUCUGGAAAUCCGCCUACUUGGCCAUGUGCUUGUCCUUCAGAAACAGAGUACUCGUUGCUUUGGACUGGUGCAAGGUCUCGUUCUUCGGAAGAGACUCUUCCGUGUAG